AUGACGAUGAAGUUGUAUGGACUUGCAAUGUCUACAUGCACCUCCAAGGUUAUAACCUGUCUCCACGAGCAUGGUGCAGAAUUUGAGCUCGUCCCUGUCAAUCUCCAAAAUGGUGAACACAAACAGCCUGCUUUCCUUGCCAAGAAUCCCUUUGGUCAGAUCCCCGCACUAGAUGAUGGCGACCUAACUCUCUUUGAAUCCAGAGCAAUCUCAACAUAUGUGGCUGAAAAAUUCAAAGGAAGCGGUUGUGAUCUUCUGAGAAGCCAAAACCCUAAAGAAGCUGCACUGGUGAAGGCGUGGAUGGAGGUGGAAUCCCAGCAAUUCAGCCCCGCGAUCAGCUCGAUAUUCUACCAAUUCAUCAUCGUGCCCAGUAUGUACGGUGGCUCACCAAACCAAAUGAUCAUCGACGAGAGCUCGGCGAAGUUAGGCAAAGUGUUGGAUGUGUACGAGAAGAGGUUGAGCAGCAGCAAGUACCUUGCCGGAGAUUUUUAUAAUUUGGCCGAUCUGCACCACCUCUCUUAUAUAUACUAUCUGAUGAAGACUCCGUAUGGGAAACUGAUCAACGAACGCCCUCGUGUUAGGGCGUGGUGGGAAGAUAUUUCUUCCCGGCCGGCUUUCAAGAAGGUGGCUGCCGGCUUAACUUUGGGUGACAAAAACUAGUGUCGGAUAAAUCGUCGGUGAAGAUAAAAUC